UAAAUAAUAAGUAAAAGACAAAAACACCCUUUUAUAUUUUAUAAGUCUCUAAAACCCAAAAAAAAGAACCUUCGGCCUCCACCGUUUCUCUGGUUUUGCAUCCCCUUCUCCUUGCUUCUUUGGUUCGCAUACCUUGAAGAUACUCAAAUAGGUGUCGGAAAUUCCUUCCGGUGGUCUAGUACGCUUGCCGAAAAUUCCUUCCGGCGGUCUAGUACAGCUGCCAAAAAUAUCUUCCGGCAGUCUAGUAUAGGUGUCACAAAAUUUUUCCGGCGGUACGCUUCACGGCUAUGUUUUUCGAUGAGUUGUAGAUAGAAGGCGGAAGGGAACAUCCGACUGUGUUUUCAGCCAUUCGAAACGCCUAAUCCCCUUUUCUCUCCCACACUCUCCGACGAUGCUGGGCGUAGGAAGGCUUCCACCGCCGUCGGCACCGCCUCUAGUCCAGAAGAAACCCACCAUUUUCUCCUCUCUCCCUAUCCAACACAAAAUUCAAAAUGCAAAACUCCCUUUUCUCCCAGAAUUACUGUCCAAUUACUCAUCCUUAUCACUAUCAUCCUCAUCCUCGUGUCGAACUGGGUUUUGCUUAUUUGCACAAAAGAAGGAAGAAAAUCCCAAUUUAGGCGCCAUUAAAAUGGAAAAAGUUGAAGAUUUUGAAGAAGAUGACGAGGUUGAUUUUGAUGAGGAGGAUGACAUUUUUGAUGAUGAAGAUGAGGAUUUUGACGAAGAAUUUGAUGAUGAUGAUGAAUUGAUGGUUCCAUAUGAUAAGAUGAAUGAUUGGCUUGAAAAAAAACCAAAAGGGUUUGGUGAAGGGAAGGUGUAUGAUACUUCAGUUGAAGAUAAUCUGCUUGAAGAAAUUGAGCAAAGUUUCAAAGCUCAACUAGCUAAUAUUACCAAGCUUAAGAAUGAGCGCAAGAAGCCUGACACCAAGAAUGACUCCACGGGGGUGUUGCUCAAUGGUGUUCCUGGUGGGAUUCGUGUUCGUAUUAACAACCUUCCAAAAAAGAGGAAUAUCCACAGAGAUUUGAAGUCAGCCUUUGAAGGAGUUCCUGGAAUAAUUAAAAUAUCACCGGUGAAUUCUGGAAACAAAAAGACAAGGGAUCCUGUCUGCAAAGGCCUUGCUUAUGUGGAUUUCAAGUCUCUGGCAGAAGCCAACAGGUUCAUUCAGAUGUUUUCAGGCCAAAACAUUGCUUUUGGUAAGUCUGAGAAGCCUAUAAAGUGUGAAAUUCUGAAGCCGCUUGAUGGCAGUGAAGAAGUAUCAUCAUUUGACGGAUACAACAGCACUUCUGAAGGAAGCUUCAUUGUGUCGGAGGAGGAAGAAGAAGAAGAUGAAGAAGAUGAAGAAGAUGAUGUUGAGCAAAAUGACACUGAGUUGCAACUUAAUGAGGAUGACGAUUUUGUAUAUGAAGAAUUAAUUAAAGGCAUUCAGGCCCUUGACAGCAAUAAUGCUUUAGGGGACUUGUUACAGUUAAGUGCUAGCGAACGUAUCAAACGCGUCGAGAUGCUGGAAUCAAAAUUGCUGGCACGUAUUUCAUCGGGUGAAGUGGAGAUGGAAGCACCUAAAAUGAAGUCAGUGGUUAAAAAUAUGCCUGACAAGAAGCCAAGCCAAAUUAGUGACAAGAAGCCAAGCCAAAUUACGGACAAGAAGCCAAGCCAAAAGACGGACAAGAAGCCAAGCCAAAAGACAGACAAGAAGCCAAACCAAAAGACGGAUAAGAAGCCAAGCUUAAAGCCGGAGCAGAAGCCAAAACAACGUAUCCCAGGAUCUGCAAAGAAGUUGAAAUUUAAGGAGAAAGCUAAACUUGCAGACGUUUUUGCUAGAUAUGGAACGAGUGGAGCCUCGGCUUCAAAACAAAAGUAAUCCUUGAUAUGUAAAUGAUAGUGUUGUCAGUGCCAAUUUUGAUCUCUAUUAUCUAGGUAUUUCCCCUGUUUUCCAUCUGCAUGGAAUUUCUCCGUACCCUGGUCUUCCCAUCCCCCCCUUUUCCUCCCCGGAAAAAAGGAUAAAGCAAACGGAAAGGAUGAAAGGUUAUGAAUUCAGAUGUCGUAUAUGCAGACACCAUACCAACUCGGCCUAAAGCGAUGUUCUAAUGGCAAAGUGUUGAGUCGAAGAUUGCUGAAAUCAUUGGAUAGAGUGAGACAAAAGUUAUACAACUAUGUACACCAAUCCAAAUUUGUGAAAUCAAGCUUCUUUUAUUAGAAAUUAUUGAUCUAUUCAAUUUGG